CGGAUCUGGUGAGUCGCAGCCUCCUCAUGACAUCUCUGGCAUAGGGCCGUGUUGCCGUUCUGCUGCCCUUCGAUGUCGCCCGACAUUUGAUUGCGAGUAGGCGACGCGCAAUGAGAUUGGCAGGGAGGAUACGUAUCUCUUCCGGUCGAUGGCAGCCGGUAGAGGAAGUCUGUUGUGGUGGUGGAGUGGAGUUGAGGUCAAUGAAGGACGGGCACUCGAGUACUGAAUUAAUGGUGAUGCGAUAAGCUCGAGUGCCCAGCUCCAGCUGUUUUUUGACAGCGACAAGGCUUCUGGGCUGCGGCUGCGGCUGCGGUUGCCUUGUCUUUUUAGCUGUACCUAGGUGCUGUACUUCGUACCAGUACAGGUAGGGGCUGUGUGCCCGCCCGGUCCUGGUGGCCCGCUAACGAUCCUGUUACGUUGCAAGACGCCGGGCUGAACUUCUUCCCGACUGCGACUGCGAGUGUCUGAAGCAGAAACACCAAUAAUUUCUACACCAUCACUGCCAUUGAGAGAACUUCGACUUUAGAAUCGCCCUCCCGGAAUUUCUGGUUCGAUCUGCAUGGCCAUUGCCGUUAUACCACAAAUACUGCUACGACGGCACUUUCGGUGUCUUGAAACCGCCAGUCCAGCUUUCACUUCCAGCCUUCGAGGCUACCAACCAACAUGAGGAACUGGCUUCAAGGCCUCCUCCUGCUCGGUCUAUCCUGCUCAACGGCCACCGCCCUGGAGUCGAAAAUCGUGAGUCGGGCAGCAGAUCCCAAGUGACGAGGAAUGCAUGCUAAUGUGUUUGCUCUCUGCAGGACGAUACGGAGGACAAUCGCCAAGUAUGCGCCGGCAUGUAUAGCAAGAUCGCCUGGGGAGGAGCAGUAGAUCCACAUAUACUAGUCAAAUUCAUAAAAGAGGAUGUAGCAGACAACUCGGAUCCCAUUGUGAGCAUGGUGAUCUUUGAAUGGAAAGACUACGACCUCAUCGGUGUUCUGCCGACUCCGAAUUCGCUUCAUGUAUGCUAUGCCUAUGCCUAUGUCCAUGCCGAACGAGUGCUUAUUUACGCACGAAACUAUCUGCUAACAGCUCUUUAUAGAAAGAGUUUAUAUGCGAUGCCGAAGCGAUGGUCACUUUACCGGACUACUGUAACGCAAACAAGACGGGAGAGUUUAUUCUGGCACCUAACGUCACCGAAAUAUCCAAGGCCUUGGUUGUGACUGAUGCAAUUCACCUGAAGGACCCUGGCGCCCCAAUAAAUUACAGUAUCAAGAAGACGGGCUAUUAUUGUGUUGGAACAUCCCAAUUCUCACCCCAGGGUGUAAAGUACAAGGCAGCUGUCGAAUUUCGAAAUGCCUAUGGGGAACUACCUGCUUCAGAAAUCGCUAAACUGCCAUUUUAUGGCGGCAUUACAAUUGUGUAUGCCGUGAUAGGAGCGUAAGCUGGACCAUGAUGGCUUGAUAACAAACCUGCUGACAUUUUUCAGUUUCUGGGCUUUCUUAUAUGCCCAACAUCGCUCGGAUAUCUUACCGGUACAAAAUUACAUCACUGCAAUAAUAAUAUUCCUCAUUGUAGAGAUGUUGAUGACAUGGGGAUUUCAUGGUAGGUCUACAUGCUUCAGGAAUUGAUCAUAGCUAACUAGAUGUCAGACUACUUAAAUCGAAGUGGCUCGAACAUUGGAUCCAAGGCGCUUAUGGUGAUUGUUGCAAUUUUAAAUGCUGGACGAAACUCCUUUUCAUUCUUUCUCCUGCUCAUUGUGUGUAUGGGUUAUGGCGUUGUCAAACCAAGCCUGGGUAAGACCAUGGUCUACGUACGCUAUCUCGCUGGAGCACACUUUCUAUUUGGCUUGAUAUAUGCUGUAGCCAGCUUGACGGUCUCUCCUGAGAGUGCAGGUGAGUUAUCCGUUACUCCAAGUCGAGCCCUUUCUAAUCAAAAUCAGGCCCGCUUGUUCUUCUCGUCAUACUUCCGUUGGCCGGGACUCUGACAGCGUUCUAUGUCUGGACUCUCAAUUCCUUGAACGCCACCAUGAAAGGUAAGCAUAUUCCCGAUACUGUAAACGUUAGAUUGGUGACUUAGUAGGAAAACCAGAUCUUAAAGAGCGUCAGCAAUUUACCAAAGAAAUGAUGUACCGGAAGCUUUGGUGGUGCAUCUUAGCCUCCAUAAUGGUCAUAUUGUAAGUGUACUCUAAUAACCACCAGUUAUUGUCUCAUUGCCAAACUUCGGAUUUAAGAAUGGCCCUACCUUGCAGAGACUAAUUCUAUUUCUCCGUAGUGGCUUUUUCUUCUUCAAUUCAUUCACCUUUGCCAGCACAUCAGGUAAGCAGUUCCUACAACUUCCUCUUUAUAAUUUAUCGCUAACCCCCAACAGAUCCCGACUUUGUACCUGUGAGUUCAGACCACGUGCCUUUUAAAUUUGUACAAUUACUGACACCGCAAAGUUCCAUUGGCAGACUCGUUGGUUCAUCUUGGAUGGCUGGCUGAACUUGGUAAGAUACUCUUCUGUUUAUCUUGUUUUGCCCCACUUUAUAUUUGCCCCUGAUCUCCUGAUCUCCUGAUCUUUAGCGAGAUCCGCUUUGCCUCCAUGAUCUUGCUUGUACACAUAUAGUAACCCAAUUACCAGGUCUAUCUUGCCGAUGUCAUAUUUGUAGCAUAUGUUUGGAGGCCGACAGCUAACAAUAGGAGAUUUGCGUAAGUGAAAACAUAUUUAUUAUUGCCGGAUCACUUUUACUGACCUCAUAUUAGAAUGAGUGACGAAUUGGCUCAAGAUGAUGAAGGUUUUGAAAUCGCGGACUUUGGUGCUGAAGAUGACGAGGAUGACGAUGUUGAGAGCGCCGCUGCGCACAGGGGUGAUCGAACCCAACCAGGCCAAGAAGGGUCAAGAUAUGAUCCUGUUUCGGCAAAAUCAACAAGACAUCCGUCGGGAGCCAACACAGCCAAAGAAAUUACUCGGGACAGUCUCGAUGGAGACACGAUUUUUGCUGUUGGAGAAGAUGGUGACAGAUGGUCCGAGGAUGGUAGCGAUGAUGAAGGGAGAGAUAAGCUUGUUGGUAAUACCACAAGGAAUAGUUAG